AUGAUGCCACUUGGUAGGCUGGAGACCCUAAACAGCCAUAUAGAAAAGGAGAGCCCAACUGGAAUCCAUGGGAAAGAAGGGAAAAGUGCACAGGCAGGGGGAGAAGCAGGGUCCCCGCAGGGCGGAGAGCCCGAGCUGGGGCUCGACCCCAGGCUCUGGGGGCAGGGCAGAGCCGCAGGAGACUCCGGCAGGCCUGCGCUCAGAGCACCCGCACCGGCACGUGCCGCGCCCUCUCCCCGGGCCCGCCCUCCGGGCCCCGGGCCGUUCCCAGGAGCCGAGCCCCUCCCCCCGCGGGCUGCGGCCGCGGCGCAGCCUGGGCACCCGUCGCACCCCGACGGAGGGAGGAAGCCCUCGGGGCUCCGCCGCGCUGCCGCAGCCGGGACGAAGACUGGAACCCUCGGCGGGAGCCCGGCACCCCGGCGGGAAGCGGAAGGACCGCGGGCGCCGCGCAGCCCAGCGAGAGCCGAGCGGGCGCCGCCGGAAGCCGGAACUCGGCGGAAGCCGCCCGCGCGCCUCCGACCGGAAGUGGGGAAGGCGCGAUCGUCCUUUUCCGGCAGCAAGGAGGCGGCCCCGGGGGCGUCGCCUUGGGGAAGACUGUUGGUGUAG